AUGCCCUCACAGCACUCUUCCCAACCUCGUAAAUCCAUCAUGGAGCUUGCCGAAGACUCCGGCCUCUUCGACAUCAACGCCUCAGACCUUGUCUGCGAGGCAUCGGCCAAACGUAUCUGCUACUAUGACUUUGUCCUCAGCUGCCGCCGUUGCCCGCAAGCGGAAGGCAACGGUACGAUGCUGUACUUGGCUAAGUUCGACGAACGUGUCAACCUGGAGGUCUUUGAGACUGCUCACAUCCCACAGGAGCUGUUCGAGGAUGGCCUCCCGCAACACGACCUCGGACUCAUGACGCUAGGAGUGCUCAUCUGGAAGCACACCAUCGCCAAGUCCCGUCUUCUGUGCCUGGUCCGCAACAUGGACGGUGACAACACUCAGCCUCUGGAGGCCUUGAAGCGUGCCACCUACAAGUUCUCGGUCCUCCACCACGUCCAAACAAUGGUUCCACGACGUAUGUCACUCUCGUCCAACUCCUCGUUCGGCAGCAACCACUCUUACCAUUCGGAGGGAAUGCGCAUGCGGAUCCUUCUGUGCCAACUCAGAAGCCAGGUAGACCAGAUCCCAGCCCAAGCCGUCCGUGAAACUAAGGCCCUUCUGAACCCCUCGAGCAACCCAAUUCUCUGCUUAUGCUUCCCCAUCGUGUGA